GAGGGUGAAAUGAAAUCAAUGAAAGCCAAGACUUUCUUCCAUUCACCUUGAUUUCGUGUAGAUUAGAUUCUCAUUUCUUAUUCUCUCACCAUUUCAUUAAAAAAAAAAAAAAAAAAACCUAAUUCCCAAAUUAUCUUCUCUUCAAUCUUCAUCAAUCAGGUUAUCUUUUCAUCAAUCACAUUAGGUAUAAUAAUGAUUAAGUUGUUUAAAGUCAAGGAGAAGCAAAGAGAACUUGCGGAAAAUUCUAAUGGGAAGCCUCCGGUUAAGAAGCAAAGUGCAGGCGAAUUGCGUCUUCACAAAGAUAUAAGUGAACUGAAUCUACCCAAAACUUGUAGCAUAUCUUUCCCUAACGGGAAAGAUGAUCUCAUGAACUUCGAAGUAACUAUUCGCCCUGAUGAUGGAUACUAUUUAGGUGGCACCUUUACAUUUACCUUCCAGAUUUCGUCCAUCUAUCCCCACGAGGCGCCAAAGGUCAAAUGCAAAACAAAGGUCUACCAUCCUAACAUCGAUUUGGAUGGAAACGUGUGCCUUAACAUUCUUCGUGAAGACUGGAAACCUGUUCUAAACAUAAAUACUAUAAUUUACGGCUUGUAUCAUUUAUUCACGGAGCCGAACCAUGAGGAUCCGCUCAACCGAGAAGCAGCUGCAGUAUUAAGAGACAACCCAAAAAUGUUUGAGUCAAAUGUGAGGAGAGCGAUGGCGGGUGGGUAUGUGGGUCCGACAUUCUUCACCAGGUGCAUAUAAAGGCAGCACAGGUAGUAGCAAUAAGGUGGGAUGAUGGUUUGUUCGUGUGAAAAAUGUCUUGAUACAAAACUGUAUCCCCAAAGGUCCAUUGGGGACAAAGUGAUGUGUUUGUAUGCUCUUUUGUUGGAUCCCAUUAUUUUGGGUGACUUGUCUUGUAAUGCUAUGUGUUUGUUUCUUGGAAGAUAAAGAAUCUGUUGUUUCAUGCUCUUCA